GACAUUCCACACGAACUGUCAAAAAGUUCUGCUCGCGAAAAAUACGACGAAAAAACACCUCUUGAAAAUGGCAGCAUUGAUCAAGGGAAUCAAAUUUGCGGCCCAAAUCUCGAACCGAAACCCAGCAAUACUGUACACGAGCGUAAGAAAUCAUGGCUGGAACAAAGACUAUAAGCCCAGCAAAUUCCCUGAAACGGAAAAGGAUCGUGAAUUGGCGGCCAAAAAAUAUGGACUAACAACGGCGGAGUAUCAGCCCUACGCAGAUGACGGUCUUGGUUACGGAGACUAUCCGAAACUGCCGGACGUACCAGUGGAAGCGCGCGAUCCCUACUAUCCAUAUGAUUUUCCGGAAUUGAAGAGAAAUCUUCAUGAUACACUCCACGCAGAGACCGACUUAUGGUCGGAAGAUCGUUACGGUUCAGCGGAACCGUUGCGGUACCCGAUGAAGACUUACUGGCUAUCGUUUUUGGGCGUUAUGGCCGGAUGCUUCGCUGUGUACUACUGGCUUGAAAAUUACAAAAUGUUCCGACCAGUGCUUGCCAAGCAGUAUCCCUACGAGGGGAAGGCUCACUACACGUUCGACAAGAAGUAGAACAGCGCUGGAUAGAUUGGAACGAAUAGCAAGAAAUUCGCUGCAUCUAAAUAGAAACAUUGCGAACAUCCUGUGAAAACAAACAGCUAAACAAUUUUCACUGCUGGCGAGUGGUGCUGGUUCCACAAUCACCUAACCACCGGUUCUGGUCAAUACAACAACGUAGAUUGCAACAGUUGUUAUGUGCGCUAUGUAAAUAAAAACUAAUUACAAAGCCCA